GUUGCCUUCAUCGUCCCCAACAGCACUCUUUUCUCGACCAUAGCUUGACCAUAGCUUGACCAUAAACAAACCAACAAAUCAUCACCAUGUCAUCCACCCAUCCUCGUCUUCCAAAUAGCCAAGAAGAGGCCGCCUUGGAUAGUGAUCUGUCCUUGAAUCAGCUUGUCCUGGAGCGAAGCCAAACUGCCACCAAGACUGCGGAAGACAUCAAACAGGAAGAACUACUCAGACGAGCAGCAGAAAAAAAGAACAAUCUGGCACCCACAGUUGCCAGACGACCAGAUGCCAACAGAAGGAAGAAAGCGCCGGCUACUGCUACCACUACAGCUGUUUCUAUCAGUACGAACGCUACUGAGGAUGAUGAUCAAAGGCAAAAAGAUGAGCUUGCCCUGUUGAGAGUUGUAGCUGAGCGAUCUGCCGCUGCCAGGAGAGAAGAGGCAGAAAGUGCUAGCAAGAGCAACAACCCUGCGGAGAUUGGAGCACAAGCUUUUAAUCCCGGUGAUUAUGUUUCUGAAAAAGGGGACACCAUCAAUCUCAUGGCUAUUGCCGCGCAAAGAAGUGUUGAUGAUGAUGCUACGCCCAGCAUGGCAGCAACAGCAGAUAAUACGGCUCUUCCUGAUGCUGCUGGUGAUUCUGUUGGUGAUUCUGUUGCACUUAAUCCUGCAUCAAAUCCAGCUGCAGGCAUUGAAUAUGACCACCAAACUGGGCGUCCCAUGACCAAGCACAGCCUACCACCAGGCUCUGUUACUCCUGGUGCUUAUUCCGGAGCUCCAGGAGCGAACUACCAAGCCGUGGAGCCGGUGAGAUUGGAUGUGCUGGGACCAUCUUCUCCGCCAAUGCAAGAGACGCCACAAGGACAAAUAGAAGAGGCAGAAGUCAAUACUAUGGAGAGUUUGGAGGAGAAGAAAAGAAAUCCGGUGGCAGUGAGGGCAGCAAUUGCUGUACUGGCGGUAGUUAUCAUUCUGGCCAUUACCAUUCCACUGGCUGUUGGAGGGAAAAAUGGAGAAUCCCCCAAAAUGGACAACACCCAAGUAACCAGUAUUGAUAAGGCGCUACUUCCCAAUGCCCCAAAUUCCACCUGGGAGUCCAUUGUGACGGAUCAAAAAUCACUUCAAUUCAAAGCCUACACCUGGCUGACUCGAGAUCCCAACCUACAGACAUAUGAAAGCUGGCAAAAGGAACAGAGAUUUUCUCUUGCCACCUUCUACUACGCAUGUAAUGGCCCUAAAUGGAGGUUCAAGGAUCCUCAAGCACAAAAUGAGUGGCUUAGCUAUGGAACCAGUGAAUGUGGGUGGGGUGUCUUCCACACCGGCCCAUUAUUGAAUGGUGUGCAUUGUUCCACUGGUGACCGUGUGACAGAAAUCAAAGUAAUGGAACAGCGAGGUUUCACGGGAUCCGUUCCAUCGGAAUUAUCAUUGCUUGGAAGCUUGAAAAUAUUGGACUUGUCUGAAAACAUUAUGGCCAACCACCUGACAGAUCUGCUGCCAAUCCAUGAGUCAGAGCCUUUCCAGUCCCUGGAAGCACUUCAUUGCGUAAACUGCCGGCUAGUGGGAAGCCUACCUCCAGAGCUAUUUGAAUGGACCAAUCUCCUAGUAUUGGACCUGUCCAACAACCAGAUAUCUGGCCCUCUCCCUUUGGAAGUUAGUUUGAUGGCAGCUUUAGUAGACUUGGACUUGGGCAGCAACCAAUUUGUGGGAGAGGUCCCAUCUGAGGUAGGGCAGUUAACAGCAUUGACUUCCUUGGACUUGAGCCGCAACCAAUUUGUGGGAGAGGUCCCAUCUGAGGUAGGGCGGUUAACAGCAUUGACUUCCUUGGACUUGAGCCGCAACCAAUUCAUGGGAGAGGUCCCAUCUGAGAUGGCACCAUUCCAACCGAAAUAG